AUGCAUUCCUCUCUCGGAGUCAUUGAAUCGUUUGCUUUGUAUCGCGUCCUUGGCUACUCUAUCAUAGCCUUUUCUGUUUUACUAGACAAUCAGAUAUGGCACAAUUUGAAUCUCUCACAAAAGGUGGGCCAGGUAAAGAAGAAGAUUCUUGGCCUUUUCGGCAUUGAGGCCAGCCGGGCGAACCAGUUUCUUCUGGUAUAUUGGGACUCUGUGAUGUCAUCCAUUCAAGGCCCAGAGGAACUCAAGUUUCCUGGCCGGGCAAUCCACUCCUACCAGCCAGAGGAGGGUGAUACCUUUGAGUUAUGUCGCCUUCAUAAGCUAUGA